UGUUUGACCGUUACCACGACAACCGGUGGUGGUGACGCGACUGUCAGUCAAGGCUCAGCAGCCGCACAUCAGCUCUGAAGGAAGAGUCAAGAACAACAGCAACAACAGACUGUUCCCUCACACAGUGGGACAUGGACUCGAGCAGAAGCCAUGGUGGAGCAGACGCAGAGGACACUGAUGAGCUUCUUUACACUGAUUUAAGUGUCAGCAGGAGCGACUUUGACCCCGAGCCUCUCAGACCGGACCACUGUGACCUCCUCCUGGACGCCAUCGAUGCUCAGCUCGGUCAACUACAGGUCCAGACCCAGAAACAUCAGGACAUUUUCAAGAAGCCUGUCUGUAGAGAUGCUGCUCUUCAGUGGAGUCAGUCUCCAAGCAAAGACACAGGCCUUGGAAGCACGAUGCAAACAAACGACGCACCCAUGUCUUGUCUGGAUUUGAUACACUCUCCGGUGACGGAGCAAAGAUUAGACUGUCGACGCAGUCCUGAGUCUCAGGAAGAGACUGAAGACAUGUCAGACAUAAGGACAAGAAUCAAAGAGGACGUGGAGUCUCACAGAGAGGAGGUCAUGUGGAGACUGCAGAGGCUUCUUGGAGAUUCCUGUAAGGAGAAUACACUCACAGAGACACGGCCUCCGACAGACAGUGUCUGCACAGAGGACUUUGUCCGGCGCUUCAGAGAAGAGAUGGUGGAAGUGGCUUUGCCGCGCAGUAAUGUCCCGCAGUGGGACAAAGAGGAGGACACUGAGAGGACAGAGAUUUCAGACAGGGACACACGCCAGAGUGAACAAAAAGGACAAAGUGUUUGUGCUGUUGACGGAUCAUCAACACCUGGGAAAAGCACUAAAGAGACAGCGAGUGUCCACUAUUCUCUGUCAAAGAAGACGAGUCAGAGAAGACAGGAGCUGGACGAAUGUCCUCUACACAACUUCACAGUAAAUGUAGCAAAUAUAAAUGAGAAGACACCGAAUGGACGUGAUGGCAGAAGAUGGCGCCCUCUCAUCCAGUAUAUCACAGGUUCAGAUGAUUCCUCCACUGACACUCACACACAAGAAGAAAGUGAACCUCAGUCGACAUCAGUCCACAGCUCCACGUUUGGAGAAGAACAAAAAAGAAGUCGAAAAGCUCUGCAUAAAAAGAGACAAACUUACAGACUUGUGUGUUCUGUAGGAGACGAGGACAAGGACACAGAUGAGGAGACGAGCCGCUUUGGUGGCUCGUUUGAGAGGACGUUGGAGACAAUGCAGUGGAUGAAAAUGAAAGAGAGGCUUAAUCAUCUCAGACAAAAAUGUGAGAGAGAGGAGGAGACUUUAAAGAUGAAGAGGACUCAGUUCAGAGACAUCGAGCUCUGUCUCUCUGAACUGCGACAGAGAAGAAAGCAUGCCCUGCAGGAACUAGAGCGACUGUCUGCAGAGAUGAAUCAGAUGGAGACAGAGAAGCAGAACAUGGAGUUGUUUCUGGAGGAGAGGAGGUUACAGUGUGACUCUAUCAGUGGCCAUGUGGAAGAGUUGCAGAUGCAAAGAGAGUCUUUUCUCAUUGACGUCAGAGACAUGGAAGAGGAACUUGCAAAUCUGGGUCAACAUAAAAAGAGUCUACGGGAUGGACCCUUCAAGGAGAAGAACAGCGUCAUCGUCAUGUCAGUGCUGGAGAGAGAGGAGCUGGAACGACAGCUGGAUCAGUCAAAAACUGCACUGUUUGCUGAACAACGGCGAGCGAGAGAGAAGCUGGAAUCCAUGCAAGAGAGUUUAGAGCAAACACGUGAGGCACUGCAGCGAGCCACGGAGUCCGAGAGCUCGCUGAGGCACAGCUGUGCUCGUCUGCAGGACAAACAGACGCAGAAGAAGGAGAAGAUCCAGGCUCUUGAGGCUCGUGUUGGUGAGCUGCAGGCUGAACGUGGACAAUGUCAGCUCAGGGUUGUUACUCUGGAGAAAAUGUUAGCACAGAAGGAGCUGCAGAUGCUCACCGUUCAGGAACAACACGGGGCCUUACAAGCUGAAAGAGAUGGACUGAAGGGGGCGCUACGACACCUGGAAAGCCAGCACUGCACUGCACAGAGGGAGGCUCGAGAGCACACCUAUCAAAUUAUGCUCAAAGACGACGAAGUUAAGAAGCUGCAGAUCUCUCUGGAGCAGCAGAGGGAGCAGGCAAAGAACCGUGAAGAGGAGCUGCACAAAGACAACUCUGAAAAGGUGCACAAAGCAGUCGAGGAGGAGAGGAGGAGGUGGGAGGCGGAACGAGUGGAAGCCGUUCAGGUUCACUGUGGGAGGCUGGAGGAGAAGAACAGCAAGAGUGUGGAGAGAGUGAAGAGUGAGCUGCAGCAGGAAAAGAAUAAAACACUCACUCUGCAACACAAAGUUUUGGAACUUAAAAAGAGAAUGCAGGAGUUGGAGCGUGACACUUGUGCCCAGCAGAGAGAGCAGGAGUCUUUGCUGACUGUUAUCUGCAAAUCCCUGAAAGAGGAGCACCAGGCGGAGCUGCUCCGGUUGAAGAAACAGACGACUCAGGUCCAAGAAGAAGCACAGAAAGAGAGACGGGGGACAGAGGUGCGCCUCGGCAGGCUCUUUGUGUGGCAGAGAAAGAGGCCGGAAGGCUCCGGGUGGUGCUUGAAGACAGAGAGAGCAGUUAUAACCGGAUCACAGCAGAGCUGGAGCAGCAGCACAGGCUCUGGGCCCAGGAGCUGAGAGCAGAGUGCCAGCAUCUCCAUCUCCUACUGGAACAAAAGAGUGGAGCCAAACUGAGUCCUGUGCCACUGCCUGUCAGUCCUACAGAAGCUGAGGCUCUUACAAGCCUACGAGCACUGAGAGAGCAGGUGGAGCACGUCAUUACACAUCUACACCAAGAGCUUCAUUCACAACAACUGAAUACUGAGCAGCUGAGGAAAC